AUGCCGUUCGGGGGAUUUUCGGGGCUGAAGGAGAAGGUGCUACAGCCAGGAAAGGAGGAGAUAAAGAACACAGUGGGAGACUCUCUGGGGAACCUGCAAAGGAAGAUCGAUGGUACCAAUGUGGAUGAAGACGCUCCGAUUGAGCUGACAGAAGAUGGUCGGCCAGUGUCCGCUUCACACCGAAGCCCACCACUCAUGGACUGUGGCUGCUUUGGUCUGCCCAAGCGCUACAUCAUUGCCAUCAUUAGCGGCCUGGGUUUCUGUAUCUCAUUUGGUAUCCGCUGCAACCUGGGUGUGGCCAUUGUGGAAAUGGUCAACAACAACACAGUGUACAUUAAUGGGACUGCUGUGAUGCAGCCUGCUCAGUUUAACUGGGAUCCUGAGACAGUAGGGUUGAUCCACGGCUCUUUUUUCUGGGGUUAUAUUGUCACUCAGAUACCUGGAGGUUUUAUUUCCAACAAGCUAGCAGCAAACAGGGUAUUCGGGGCAGCUAUUUUUCUGACUUCAGUUCUAAACAUGUUUAUCCCAUCAGCAGCGAGAGUUCACUAUGGCUGUGUGAUGUUUGUGAGGAUCUUGCAGGGCCUGGUGGAGGGUGUUACAUAUCCAGCGUGCCAUGGAAUGUGGAGUAAAUGGGCUCCUCCACUAGAAAGAAGCCGCCUGGCGACCACCUCUUUCUGUGGGUCGUAUGCAGGGGCAGUGAUUGCUAUGCCUCUAGCAGGAGUGCUGGUGCAGUAUGUGGGUUGGUCCUCAGUAUUCUACAUCUACGGAGUCUUUGGAAUCAUAUGGUAUAUUUUCUGGCUUCUGCUUGCAUAUGAUAGCCCGGCUGUGCAUCCUACAAUUAGUGAGGAGGAGAAAAUUUACAUCGAGACCUCAAUUGGAGAAGGGGCCAACUUAUUAAGUGCUACUGAGAAAUUUAGCACUCCAUGGCGACAGUUCUUCACCUCCAUGCCAGUCUAUGCUAUCAUCGUGGCAAACUUUUGCCGCAGUUGGACCUUUUAUCUCCUGCUCAUCAGCCAGCCAGCUUACUUUGAGGAGGUCUUUGGCUUUCCCAUCAGCAAGGUGGGAAUCCUGUCUGCUGUGCCCCACAUGGUGAUGACCAUUAUUGUACCAAUUGGUGGACAGCUGGCCGACUUCCUGAGGAGCCGUAAAAUCCUCUCCACAACGACCGUACGCAAGAUCAUGAACUGUGGAGGUUUUGGCAUGGAGGCCACAUUGCUGCUGGUGGUUGGAUUCUCACACACACGUGGAGUGGCCAUCUCAUUUCUUGUCCUGGCUGUGGGCUUUAGCGGCUUUGCCAUAUCAGGUUUCAACGUGAAUCAUCUAGACAUUGCUCCCCGGUAUGCCAGUAUCCUGAUGGGCAUUUCAAAUGGUGUGGGAACCCUGUCAGGCAUGGUUUGUCCCCUCAUUGUCGGAGCACUUACCAAACACAAAACUCGUCGGGAGUGGCAGAAUGUGUUUGUGAUCGCUUCCAUGGUGCACUACUGUGGUGUCAUCUUCUAUGCCAUCUUUGCAUCUGGUGAGAAGCAAGACUGGGCCGACCCAGAAAGCACCAGCGAUGAGAAGUGUGGCAUCAUUGGGGAAGAUGAACUUGCUCAAGAGACUGAGCCCAGCUGUGACAGUGCCCUCUCCAGCAACAAGAUAAAGUCUUACGGAACCACCACAGAAAAUUCAUCUGGCCGCAAGAAAGGUUGGAAAAAGAAAAGAGGAGUGACCAUGCAGGACGAUGAGGACAAAGAAGCUGCAUGUUAUGAAAAUGGGGACUUUCAAGAGCAUUAUCAAUGACACUUGGUAAAGCAGGAGCCCUGGACUCUUAUCAGCUUAAUAAUAUGCUUUUAAGGUGAGGAUUCAUUUGAGCAGCUUUUAAAAUAACCACUAAAACAUCAAACCAUGUAAAAUUACCAAUGUGCAAUAUGAUGCAAACAAAUCUGUUCUUCGCUUUGUAAUUUUAUCUGUUUUUAACUGUUUU